AUGACGCUAGACCCAGGUGUAUACACCUACGUGGAGGUGUUCUUCUCCUGCUGCGGGCUCUUUGGGUUCCUCCUUGCUAUCCGGUUACGGUGUCUUGAUGUCCACGGCAUCUUGGACCGUAAGGAGAUUGAUCGAAAGCCGCGUCGUAACAUGAGUGUUUUGAAGGAAAGUGGCGAUGAUGACGAUGGUGAUGAUGACGGUGAUGAUGAUGAUGAUGGUGAUGACAAGACAAAUAUCACUGUCCCGGUCCGUCAUGUCUUGCCCACCUACCUCCUGCGUCAGAGUAAGCCCCUUAUCAGGCACUGGCGUAACACAACACUGGGUGUUGGAUUUCUGAGGACACCUCAGACUUCAGAGCCUCCGUCACAAUCAUCCCUCCUUGCUGCUGUUGUUGAUGAUGAACUCUAA